UACACCAAACUCUUCAUCAAUGCUCCAAUUUCAUUUUCUUGUAACUCAAUGAAACUAUUUAAGAUAUAUACUAAAUUCGGGGCCCCUAAAAUUUGGGGGAGUGUUUAACAUUUUUGUUUAGCCCCAUGUUUGCAUGAAGACCAUAAACUCUUAAUCCAACUUUUCCACUGCCCUGCGGCAGUUGCAGAAUGCAGAUUGAUAUUGCUUAAAUUAGAACCUGAGGAGGUUUUUCCCACCGAUCAAAUGCUAUGAUGUUUAUUUCCUUUCAUUGGAGAUAAUUGAUUUCACUACUCUGAGGAUGAUAUGGAUGCUACAGUCACCUGAUUGAGAUGGGGCCUUCAUAUAUUCCUUUCUUUCUUGUUGCAUGUAAUUAUGCUGCUGAGAGUAGACAAUUAUGCUACAUAAUGACUCUAACUCUCUCAAGUACUUGAAAUUAUGUGCAUCUUGCAAUUUGAAGUGUUAGAGAUAAAAAAAAUACCCCUUUGUCUGAAAAUCUGAAUUCUUUGGAAUCAACACUCACAUUUACUAUUUUGAGAUGUUCGGAAAAAAUGUGCAUCGGUGAAUCCCUAAUUAUAGGGGGGUUUGGACAGUGUGAAUACUUAUUUUUGGCAGAGGGGAUAGUUUUGUUAAUGCAAGCAGUUGUGCCUUGUAGUUGCUGACAAAGAGCGGUGCCCAGUUAAUCUUUUUUAUUGAUUUUGCCAGGUUGAUUUUGGUCAGGGAAAGAAAGCUAGGGGACAGCCUGAAUCAUCCUUUCGGGUGAAGCACAGGCACUCAGAAACAAUGAGAACGAAACCCGGGAAUAUGAUGGAAACUACACUUUGUUUAGAGUUAUAAUGAUUGUACACUAGUGAUCAUUUGGGUGACCAUACAAAUAAUCAGCUCUAUGUUGGGAAUCUGAUACCCUAAUGUUUGGAUGAUAUUGAUAUAUUUUAAAAAGGAUUCGAACUUUUGGCGCAUUUCUGGUUUUCCGGGUUCUUGUCCUUUUGAUCAGCGUAUCUUCUCUACCGUCUUUUUCAAUGGUGAAUCAUAUGGAGCAGCCAUAUGGCAGAUUCCUGAAUUGUAUGGCCAGUUAAAUUCGCCUCAGUUGGAAAGGAUUGCUGCUCUUGAUGCACACAGUAGUAAAAUUAAAUGUGUUCUUUGGUGGCCUAUAGGAAGGCAUGAUAAAUUAAUUAGCAUUGAUGAGCAGAAUCUGUUCUUGUGGAGUUUGGAUUCUUCAAAGAAGACCGCUCAGGUACAGUCACAGGAAUCAGGUGGUGUGCUUCAUUACCUAGCUGGUGGAGCAUGGGAUCCUCAUGAUGUGAAUUCUGUUACAUUAACUAGUGAAUCAGCAAUCCAGCUCUGGGAUUUACGGACAAUGAAGCAAGGAACCUCCUAGAGCCAGGUUUUGUUGCAUCUGCGGAAGACUUGCAAUCGCAGCAUGAUGAGCGAGAUGCUACUGCUUAAGGUCACCCAUCUACAUUCCAACAGCCUGAAGUUAUCAUGAAUGAUUUAAGUGAGCAGGCUUGUGCUACUCAAGAGCAAGGAGAGAAGUGAAUGUAUGUUUGGAAAGACUCUUCAAAGUCUUUGUCAAGGAAGGUAAUGUUCUACUGGUUACAGGGAUCAGUUUCAGAAGGUACAAACCGAUCUCCAAUACAUGAAAAGCUUCUUCAAGGACGCAGAGAGGCUCAAAAGGAAAAACGAGGUUCUGAAAUGCACUCUAGCUGAUUUGCAAGAGCUUGUCUAUGAAGUUGAAGAAAUACUUGCAGAUCGCCAGCUUUUGUCAGAUAGCUCAGGAAAACUUCUUUAUGGAUUUUCCCCUAUAAAGGUUCCAUCCAAAUACCAAAUGGGAAAGAGGCUGGGGGAAAUUAGUGAAAAUAUUACUAGCAUCAGAAAUAAUCUCAUCUUUUUUUGCGCCGCUUUCUCAGUCUCUACAUGGUAAUGCACAAGAAGAUGGACCACUGAGAUGGAGUUCUCCCAUCUAUGAUCAUACUCAUAUAGUUGGAUUAGAAGGCGAUACAAGAAAGCUCAAAGAUUGGUUAUUUCAGGUCGAUAACAGUAGCAUACUAUCCAUUGAAGCUGUAUUCCCUUUAAAAACGUUUCAACAUAAGUGACGUUUUAACAUGCUAUCAAACAGAGCAACCAAAAUUCCCAAUUUGCCCUAUGAUGCACUUCUGGUAGGAUAUGUAAUUCAUCACUA